UUAAUCAAGUUAAAAGGAAUCAAAUGUGUUUCAGAUGAGGUGAUAUAAUGUUACCACCAUUAGUUUGUGUUCAUAUUUCUUGAUGAUUUAAAGAUUUUCUGAUUUACAUGUGUUGAUGAUUAACUUUACAUUGAAAGAUAUUGGCAAUUGUUAUUAUUGGUGAUUGACUGAUUGUAAUUACAAUUAAAUAUGAUACUAUGUUUAAUUUUCUUCUAAUCUGACAUUCAUGUGAUAAUGGUUUGUUCAUCUAGCCCUUUUCCAAGUAUAUUUAUCUUGAACACACACAAUAAUCUAUCAAAUGGUAAUGAUUUAUCACUGAAUCAUCGUAUUGAUCACCAGAUACCAAAGGGAUUGUGAUUUUGGUUUUCUUUUUUUUUCAUUUGAAAUUGGAUCUUUUUCUUGUCUCAUGUUUGUCUUAUCAUCUUGUGUAAAUUGUGUCACAUUAAUUGUUACCAAUUAAUCCUCUGUAACCAAAGAAUCCCUGGAUUGAUAGAUCAAAAUCUAUAUAAAGUCAAGUGGAUUAUCUUCUGAUUCAUCAUUGUUCAUCAUCAAUCACCGAUUUAAUAUUUUCUCUCUCUCUCUCUCCACAACAAUAAUCAGAUUUCCUCUCACUCAAAGUUACACCCGGUUAAAAGUCUCAGGUUUUAAUCAUGAAUGGAAAUGACUGUAAGAAACCUCGUAAACAGGUACGAGUUUGGUGCGAUGGAUGCUACGAUAUGGUCCACUAUGGUCAUGCUAAUCAACUCAGACAAGCCAAAGAAAUGGGAGAUUAUCUGAUUGUAGGUGUACACACCGAUGCAGAGAUAAUGAAACAUAAAGGUCCACCGGUGUUCAAUGAAAAGGAAAGGUACAAAAUGGUUCGAGCCAUUAAAUGGGUUGAUGAAGUGGUUGAAGGUGCUCCUUAUGUAACAACCCUUGAGACACUUGAUAAGUAUGAUUGUGAUUUUUGUGUUCACGGUGAUGAUAUAACAUUUGACUCUGAAGGUCUUGACACUUAUCGGUUGGUUAAAACUGCAGGUCGAUAUAAGGAAUGUAAAAGAACCGCUGGUGUAUCAACAACCGAUCUUGUUGGUAGAAUGCUUUUGGUGACUAAAGAUCAUCAUCAACACUCUUCCGAUGAUACACCAAACAAGGAACAAGCUUCGUCCAUUGGUUGUGAUUCAUCAACCCAUUCACCUUGGACUGGAAUAUCUCAAUUUCUUCCAACUACUCAGAAAAUAAUUCAAUUCGCUGAGGGAAAAGAGCCAAAACCUGGAGACAGAAUUGUUUAUGUUUCCGGUGCAUUCGAUUUAUUUCACAUUGGCCAUGUUGACUUUUUAGAGAAGGUUAAAGCUCUCGGCGAUUAUCUUAUCGUUGGCCUCCAUUCGGACCAAAUAGUCAAUCAAUACCAUAAAAGCAACUAUCCCAUCAUGAACCUUCAUGAGAGAGUACUUUCUGUCCUUGCUUGUAAGUAUGUUAAUGAAGUCGUCAUGGGAGCUCCUUACACGAUCUCUGAAGACUUGAUGGACCACUUUAAAGUUGAUUUGGUUUGUCAUGGGAUAACCAGAUACGAGAACGAUUCAAAUGGGAAAGAUCCGUUUGAAGUACCAAAGAAACGAGGAAAAUUCAAAAUUGUGGACAGUAAAAAUAAUCUGUCAACUUCCGACAUAGUUAAUAGGAUCGUUAAGAAUCGUUAUGAAUAUUCAGUUCGUAAUAAUGAAAAAGAGAUGAAGGAAAUCAAAGCCUUUGAAGCAUUGAAAGCAGCUAAGUCAUCACCAACAAUUGCAAAUGAUUCAAAUAAUAACAGGGAUGUCGCAGCUUAAUCCUAAUCCGAGUGAGAUAAUCUUUUCCCUCUCUCAAUUGUCCGUCUGAAAUUUGCCUUCACCACAAACUAUACUUUCUUUUAAUCAUCAAGAAUCUUUUUUUGUUCGUCUUUUACUUAUUUGGUCUAUUAAUCCCUCUCAUGUCAUCAUUUCUUUAAUCUCAUGAGAUAAUCAGAAAGAAACUGGAGACACGAACCUUGUUUUCUUAAUUGUGGUUCAUGUUUCUUUCUAAUUUACUCUGAGAUGUUUUUGUAAAUUAAUUCGUAGCAUUUGAAAUUGUAAAACAAUUUCGAUUGCUAAUCUCUUCUAAUUACCACUGUUUUUAUAGUAACUCUUUUAUUUUUCUUUUUAUCGAAAUUAUUGUAAUUAUGAAUUAUUUGUCGUGCUUAUGGAAAUAAAGAAAAAGCUCUGUUUGCUCAAAUCUUUUA